GAGAGAGAGAGACAGAGAGAAAGGUCUUCCUUUGCCGUUGGUUCACCCUCCAAUGGCCACCACGGAGCCAGGUGCUUAUCCUGGUUUCCAAGAGGCAGGGCCCAAGGACUUGGGCCAUCCUCCACUGCACUCCUGGGCCACAGCAGAGAGUUGGCCUGGAAGAGGGGCAACCAGGACAGAAUCUGGUGCCCCUACCGGGAUUAGAACCCGGUGUGCCGGCGCCGCAGGGCGGAGGAUUAGCCUAUUGAGCCACGGCGCCGGCCAAUAUAUACACACUUUUUAAAGGGUAGACACAGGCUUGCAAAUUUUCUUUUUUUCAUGAAAGGAUAUUUAGAAACACAGCCAACUACCAUUUCCUAUUUCACCAUCUCAUAAAAUAAAGAAUAUGUGACAAUAAAAGAUUCUAAUCUUAUUUUAAAAAAAAGAGUAGUAGGCCUUUGAAUAGAAUGUUUUUGUUUUUUGAAAAACUUUCUACCUUGUCUGUAUUUUUCUCAUUUUAUGUUGGACUGCUGCAUCUCCACCUUAGCCUGGCAUCAUUUGGGAACCACUGAUUUAAAAGACAUAGAGAAUUUAAAGAUAAAUUUUCUUGCAAGAUGAAUAAUUUUCACCUUGCCCAUGAAUCUGUUUUGUCCAUGCAUUAAGGACACAUGUGGAAGUAAUGUCAUCGCGUUACAUAGAAUUUGUGUAUGUGUACACAUUCUAUAGUAUGUGAACCGGACCAUGGUGAUGAACAUCUGAAUGUAUUUCCAGUUGCCAAAAAUGGAAACUGUUCUCUUUCUGGGCAUUGGAGACAGGGUAAGAAGAAAAUACGAUGGGACCCAGUUAGGAGGCGCUUCAUUCAGUCCUGUCCCAUCAUAAGGAUCCCUAACAGGUUUUUGAGAGGCCACAGACCUCCACCAGCACGAAGUGGACAUCGUUGUGUGGCAGAUAACACCAAUCUCUAUGUGUUUGGAGGUUAUAACCCAGAUUAUGAUGAGUCAGGAGGGCCAGAUAAUGAGGACUACCCUCUCUUCAGGGAGCUUUGGAGAUAUCAUUUUGCUACAGGAGUAUGGCACCAGAUGGGCACCGACGGCUACAUGCCCCGGGAACUGGCGUCCAUGUCACUUGUUCUGCACGGAAACAACCUGCUCGUGUUCGGAGGCACGGGCAUCCCGUUCGGCGAGAGCAACGGCAAUGACGUCCACGUGUGUAACGUGAAGUACAAGCGAUGGGCUCUGCUUAGCUGCCGCGGGAAGAAGCCCAGCCGCAUAUACGGACAGGCUAUGGCCAUCAUCAAUGGCUCCCUUUAUGUCUUUGGAGGAACAACCGGCUACAUAUACAGCACAGACCUGCACAAAUUAGAUCUCAACACCAGAGAGUGGACACAGCUGAAGCCCAACAACCUGUCCUGUGACCUACCAGAAGAGAGAUACAGACAUGAAAUUGCACAUGAUGGGCAGAGGAUUUAUAUCUUGGGAGGUGGUACUUCCUGGACAGCUUACUCCUUGAACAAGAUCCACGCAUACAACCUUGAAACGAAUGCGUGGGAGGAAAUCGCAACAAAACCCCAUGAAAAAAUAGGGUUUCCUGCAGCCCGGAGGUGUCACAGUUGUGUUCAAAUAAAAAAUGACGUUUUCAUCUGUGGCGGCUAUAAUGGAGAAGUGAUCCUGGGAGAUAUCUGGAAGCUGAAUCUGCAGACGUUUCAGUGGGUGAAGCUCCCAGCUACGAUGCCAGAGCCAGUUUAUUUUCACUGUGCAGCUGUCACACCGGCUGGUUGCAUGUACAUUCAUGGAGGAGUCGUGAACAUCCAUGAAAACAAACGGACUGGCUCGUUGUUUAAGAUCUGGCUGGUGGUACCUAGCCUGCUGGAACUGGCAUGGGAGAAGCUGCUGGCCGCCUUCCCGAACCUAGCAAACCUUUCCCGCACACAGCUUCUGCACCUGGGACUCACACAGGGACUCAUCGAGCGCUUGAAAUGAGGAUGUAUGAACUGUUCAUUGAUACUGGAAAUGUUAAUUUAAAGAGACUCCUUUAUUUAUGGGCAGUGUAGAAUGUGCUACAAAGAGGAUUGGUUACCCUGAUCAAGGCCUUAUUCAGAAAAUACAUCAGAUGCCUUUCUGUACAUUGGUUUUUUAGUUUAUGGACAUCACCUUCCCAUGUGCUUUCUUCUUUGCUUCUCUCUCCCGCCCCAGGGUGCACACACACUCACAUACUCCUUCCCUCUUGGUGGAGUUGCGGGCGAGUCUGAAGGCACCUUGAUAAUGUUGUGAAUCAAGAUGAGAUAAAGAAAAUUUUUUUAAAAGGAAUGUUGAACAUAUGACCAUGUCAGCCAGCGCGCUACAAAUUAAAACAGCAGCAGCAGCAGCAAAAAUAAUUUUAAAAUCCAGCAACAGCUACAAGAAGUAGUCUGGAGGACAGAGCGAGACAGCUCAGCUCCAGAUCCUGCCCGUUGUACGUGCACCAAGAUGCUGACCGAGGGGCGUCUGCCCGAGGGGCUACCGUGAAAGCAGGGCUGACGCGGCUGCACAGAUGGAGCCCCAGGACUGUCCCUGGGCUCUGGAGCAAUUCUCGGCGAAUUGUCUUUUCCUUACCUUGGUGGCACCAGCAGUGGUGCAAGCUGGCCUGUCAAGAGACAGUUUUCGAGUGGAGAAACCGACGGCGGCCAGGGUUGGAGUUUCUGGGCAGUUCUGAACGUCUCCUCUGCCUGUUGCUGGUUGUGGAAGUCUCUCUGAUUUCUUCAUGGAGAACUGUAGGCCCUAAGUAAACAGGAUCAGUUCCGUGGGAGGUUAGGCCAGAGGCGCGCGGGCCAGAGAAUCUGCCCCUCCUGGGCGUGUUAGCUGGGCCUCUGCUUGGACUGUCACGGGCCGUUUGCUGCUUCUGCAGUUUCUGGACCGUGUGCUAGCCAUUCUCUAGCAGUCGGUCCUUGAUGUCCCCCUUACUUGUCGCCGCCUUCUCUCGCUGCUUCAGUGUGCGUGGUGCUGGGAGUCAGUGGCCGGCGGUUGGGUCAAAGGCCUUAGGGGAGGAGCCACAGAUCCCCCUUCCCCUGGAACCAGUAUCGUUUCCAGGAGGACAGUGAGUGCCAUUUGGUUUUUGUGGUGCGAAACUUCACUUCUGAUUCCUUUCAUGUACUUAUAACAAGAAAGCUGACUUCAUUGUCAGUCGCUUUGCCGCCUGCUGGUUCCCACGCAGGGCCUCACGGCGGGACCCAGCGGGGGGUGAGAACCCAGCUCUCCUUGAAGUGCCAGCUUUUAAAGUCACCCUUCUUUUUUCUUCAUCCCAGAAGGGAUCUCUUCAGUUCAUGUGUGGAUUUAAAAUCACCUGGGAGUCAUGGCCAGAAAGCUACCCUCGAGUGUUCAGUUCUAGGGAAGAGAGUGCCACGGCCUCUGGCUCCUGCCUCCUAGGCCUUCUCACAGCCUGACUGUGCUGAGUGCACCCACGGGAGCCUGUGCUCUGUGCUGACCACACGGCCUGAGUUUGGGUCCUUUCUGGGGAGUGAGGAGGCUGGAGGAGAGGCGGGGAAAGCCCUUGGCGGCCUGUGCACCUCUCCCGCCCACCGCUGAGGCGCUGUCUCCAGAGCAGGUCAAAGCGAGCGGCUCCCUUGGUCCAAGACAGAGCUUCGCUGCGUGGCUGCAGCCUGUUCUGUGGCUCUUUGGUGGGGCAGUGUCCCAGGUGGAGCAAGUCAGGCUGUCGAGGGUGGGGAAGGGACUUCUGUCCUCCAUUUAUAGAGAGAGGGACCAAAGACGGAGGGCUCAGCCUCUGUGCUUAGACGUCCGUGGGCCUUGGGAUGCGCUCAGGUCUCCAGCUCUGCUCCGCUAGAAAGCUGGAGAGGCAGGGAUCUGGCUCAGUCCCUGCCAGCUCGUGUGCUUCUGAGGCCUGACCUGAGGACCUGGUGACGGUGUCGGGAUGUCUAAGGAGUCUCGUCACCUGACACUGGGACAGUGACGUAGUGUGACAGCGCUGACUGCUGUCGAGCCGCACGCGUGCACGUGUUCCGGAUGCCAGAUGACGCUCUGUGCAGUGGAGCAGAAUGCAGUACAGGGGUCGCCAGGCACUCCGUCCGUCCGUACCCAGCAUGCGGGGUUCCGCACACUGCUGCUUGAUUUGGGAGAGUUUGCGCCUGCCGCUUCUCUGUCUCUUCAAGAAACUCCCAGCCGCCUUCUGCGGUCCUGUAAAUUUAAGUGCAAUAUGUAGAAACGCAUUUGAAUAGAUACAGAUUAUAUAUAUAGGGUAUGACUAUAACGCAGGUCGAUUACUUUUUUGCCUCUGUCUUGGGGAAACCAGUUCAUUACCGGAGAGUUGAACUAUGCCAAGAAUUCCUGGUAUGACUGGCUGGUGUAAGCCGACUCCAAGGGAAGCUGGGUUUUCUUACUCUAGGUCUUAGAGACUUAGUGUUCCUUGGCUUUGUCAGAGUUGAGGGUUUUUUCCCCCCACUCAUCUUUGUACCGUCUCAUGUUUGCCUGUCUUGCCCUGGAACAAGGAAGUCCACCUGCAAGGAGUUCCCUACGUGGAGAACUGAAAUCUAAUAGAUAAUACUCUCAGUUCUCCUGUGUGUAUACUAACUUCCCUGCGAAUGUCAGUACUUUAUUAGAUGAAGAGAAUGGCGAUGUCUUCAUUUAAUAAGGUAUUUUCCACAUCCUACGAAAGUUAUAAAACUCAAACAGAAUAGAUUGAAAUGUUAACUGUCCUUCAGGGGCCAAAGAAAACCCUUUGCACUGGCAGAAUCUUCAUUUUUCAGGCCUGAAUGACAUGAUCUAAGAAUUUAAGCCAUUCAUGUCCAUUAUUACAUAGCGAGAUUUAAAAGUAUAACAAUAAGCAUAGUCAUAUUUCUAAGUAAAAGGUAUGAUAGCAGGGACCGUCGGUUACCCAGAGUAGCACGAUUAAAGCACAGAUCAUUGAAACCCAUAGAUAAUCAGUGUUUCAACUUUCCUAUCAAACAAUUGAUUGAUUUCUGUUUCCUCCCUACUCCUUUCUCACAAGCACGUCUCCUUCAAUGGGACGGGGCGAACCGGUAGUUAGAAAAGGAGAAAGAAGACCCACGGAGGGGCUAGAAACCAGGAAACUGACAGCAGUCAGCUGUGCUUGGUCAUUCGACAGCCGUUGGGCUCUGGAAGUUAGGGACCGCGGCGGUGAUCCCGAGCGCAGCUGUGACUGCUCGGCCUGACCCCUGCCCUGACCUCCAGGCUGUCUGUCCUGGAAGCACCAAGCCCCCGUGGGCAGAGCAGCUGUGGACGUGCAGGGGCAGUCCCCCGCCUGAGCACACUGCGUGGAUGCUGACCAGCACUUGCUGUCCUUCUCGUCAUGUGGGAGGCCUCUCUCCUCUGGCACCUGGGAAAGGUCCGAUUCUCCUCGGAUAUGAUGUUGGUCUCCUGCGGUAAAGCCAGCGCUCUCACGGAUGUGUACAGAGUGGCACAGGGGAUCGCGGGGGCUACCUGCCAGCAUUCUGAUGUAGCACAAAAAGCCAUUCUCCUUUUUUUUUUUUUUUUUUGUCUAUUUUUCCGGCGUUGAGCUUGGGGGUGGAUGAGGGUUUAUGGUUCCAUGCUCACGAGCCCCCAAACUAGUCACUGGCCAGGGCCAGGGCGCCGGCAGGGCGGAGGGAGGCUUGGCAGGUGUUGGCCAUGGCGACCCCCUUCUGCAGGUGCGCGGUUCGGCGGUGAGCGACCUCUCCCCUAGUCUGGUGUUGAAAGCUGAAGUCCUGACUUGUGCUUCAAAAGUGGUACCCAUCUUUUGAGUGUCAUAUUUCGUGUUUUUAAUUUUGUAAAAACUUUGAAGAAGUCUUGGAAAGGCCCUGCAGAGUCAGGGUACAGGGUGCGUCACAGGCAGUUUCCAGAGAAGACAAAGCGGUCCCACCCGAGCGGUCCCUGCUCUCUCACUGGUUCCGCACUUGGAACACCAGGAGGCGUCAGAAAGCGCUGGGUUUCUUGGAAGCCACUUCCUGUACACAGAGCGUUUGCGGGGGGGGCACGGCCUCCCCCGGUGAAGGCGCCCGCGAGCGAGUGACAAAUGUGCCGGAAGGGCCUAGGCAAGGAGGGAAGCCUGUGUCUGAACCGCACUCUGAGGGGGGAGCCGAGGGCGGCUCGGGCCGCACGGGCGCGUGAGGUCGCGUGGAAGUCCUUUUGCAGUCUGGUGUGCAUGCCGUGUGAUCAGGACAGCUUCUCCACUCUCCUCGGUUUCCUGCAGGCAAGUAGGAAACACAGUGAAUUUACCCGAAUACGUCCUAUCUGUAUUUAUGUACCUUGUCAGUGUUUUGCUGUUGGUUUUCUAAAACAAUCUGAUCAAUAAAUCUUACCCAAAUCUA